CUCUUAUAGGUAGAAAUGAAUUGAAAUGAAAGCAACUGCUGCACCACAUAAAGCUCACGAUGCACAAGAUUUGGCUAAGGAGAAUGCAAAGCUAUCGAAAGAUGUGAUAAAAAUGGAAAUCGACUUAGGGGACCAGAGAAAGGUUGAACCUCGUGCACCGAGAGGAAAGUGGACAUCAGGAAAACCUGGUAAACUCAAUGGUUUCAAGAGCAGCAAAGAUCUCCAGAGGUCAGUUCAUACGAAAGAAAUAUCCUUCAGUGGGUUGGUUGCAGGAGAUAACAUGAACAUGACUAGUCAGGAUUUUGAUGCUCUUCAAACAGUGGGCGAGGAGAACAAUUUCGAUAACUACAAAGCUUUUCCCGUGAAGGAGCGCCUGUCUAAAAUGAAGCAAACUCUUCAGCAGAGAGAAUCUGUUCCCAUAAUUGAAAGUGACCUUGAGGAUUUGAAAUGCAACCCUGAGUCACCAGUCAAACGAUUAACUGUUAACAAGACUCAGGAUGCCAAAAUGCAAAAAUUUAAGAGGGAGUAUAAGUCCAUAAAAGACGAAGAGCGGAAGUCACUAAUUGACUAUGAAAGAGAAGAGCAGAAAAAAGAAAAGCAAACAGCCUCAGUGGUGAAUAUAAGCGUCCCAGAACCAGCAUCAAAGCCAGCUGCAGAAACUAACAAUGCAGUUGUGGCUGGGAAAUCGAAGAAAACUACGUCUACGGUAAAUGCGAAACAAAACAGGGCUAACCUUCCAGAUGAAGCCAAUUCUUGCGUCAUUCUGCCACCUCACAAUUCAGCCAAUGUCUCCAAUCUAGAUUAUCUGAAGAAACACAGAAGAAAGACACGCCCCAAUAACUCACCUGUGAAACGAGUCAAAGAGGACGACGAAUCAUCACUUGUUAUUGGUCCGAGUCGAGACAAGCCAGAAAUUAAUGCGCUGAAACCACUGCCGGUGAAGGAAAGCACCAAGUACGCUUAUGAUGCAUCUCUGAGUGAAUGGCUAGCUGGCUUGAACCUCAAAGACAUUGAAAGGGUUAAGGACAUUUUCUUCUCAAAUAACGUUUCUUUGAUGAAAAUGCCGAUUUUAACUGCCAAGGAUCUGAAUCGCUUUGGAUUCAAACAGUCAGAUCCAGAUUUUGUCAAAAUUCUGCGAGGAUUAAUUGAAUUGAAAGAAGACUACACUAAGCAUCCUGAGAAAUACAAACUUUCAAUGCAGCGCUCUAAAGAGCCCAAACGAACUAAAAAAUCUACAAAUACUCAAAGAAGAUUAUCCAAUGAGUUACAAAUAGAGCAAGAUGAGAAUUCACUCCAGAAAAAAGAGUCAACGAAAGACUCAAGCGAAGUUCUGCUUCCAAGAAUAUCGAAUCCACAAGCGGCCUCUGUUGAUUCGAACAGUGAAUUGAGAUUGUCCGAUUCGAAUGUUUCGACAUCGCAACAUCUUCCGCUUGAAAGAGUUGGAUCGGGAUCUUUAGUUAACCACAACAUCGAAAUGCAACAAAUGGAAGAAAGUAUUCUGAACGAUAUGAAGCCAUUCGAGAACUUCCCCGAAGACUUGAAUAAAAGUCGUGAACUGCAGAAUGAAGAAAUGGAACCUACAUUGCAAGAUAUAAAGGAGGAUGCGCUAUUGAGUAUUUCCUUCACCGAAAAGCAAGACGAAGACGUGGGAAACGAGCUGGAAAACGAAGAACUGAGCUCACGCAAAAUAUCGAAUGGAAUGUUUGGGCCUCUUUACAACAAGGACCCGGCUAAGUUGUCCAAAAUUCUGUCUUCCGAUUUGGCGCGAAAGGACGCUUUGACGGCGGUUGAACAUGCGACGAAACAGUGGGAGAAAAGGAAAAAGGAGCAGGAGGAGGAAUUGGAACGAGCAGAGAGGCUGGAGAGGCAGAAGCGACAGGAGAGAGACAGGAUGGCUGCGAGAUACAGACGCAAAACGCACCAGCAGAUCAUAAGUAGUAAUGUGCAACAGUCAGACGGGGAACAACAGGUGCAAGGAAACAACGCCGCCAACGCAUCUCCGGAACGACAAACGGCGAAUGUGCAAACGACGAUCAACACACUGGACCUUGGAGCUGGUGAUCAAGAUUUUGAGCUGAUCGGAGCAAAGAUAAGACCCCAGAAAACAGCUAGGGGAAUGAUGCACCCGACGCCUUACAAGCCCCCAUAUGCAAUAUCUCAAAGUUCGGCAACUUCGAACCAGAUUGGGACCAAGAAGAAAAACAACGAAGAUCCCCUUCCGACGGCUUUAGAGCUGGACGAAACGGGAACUGGACUCAUGUUGGAAGGAAGGGCCGUGGCUAAUUCUCCAAGAAUGGAUGUCUCAAAAUUGCAAACUCAGAGAGUUGCGCGAGGAGGCGAGGCAUUGGACAUUGAGUUGGACAAAGUUUCCUCGACUGAUCGAAACAAUGACAACUUCUCUACAGUAAAGAAAGAUCUGGAACAGUUUCUGACCCAGCUAGAAGAGGAUUCCAACGAAGCAGGAGUCCUGGAAACAUCGGCACUCGCUAGAGAGAGGGAGGCUAUGCGACUAAGUCUUCUGGCAAAUAAGACGCCAGUUCCGUUUGACAAGGCAAACACAGUGAAUUCAGAGAUGGAAACUGAAUUCGUCGAAUCCCACUCCAACACGCCGACUAUGACGAUGUCUGAAAAUUCGAUGAGCAUUGAAGAUGGUAGGAAAAACAGGAACUGCUCCGAUUACUCUGAGACAGCAGAGAACUCAAGCUCCAACUCCAAUGCAUCUACCAACAGCACUCAUGACCUACUCCAGCAGCUGGACAUUAAACUGCAGCCUGAGUCCCGCUGGUAA